AUGGGGUUCACUACUGUCUUGAUCAUAGUCAUCGGCAAGGUUUUCAAAAUCAAUAUUCCACUGAGUCUGAUUAUUUCAACCAUGUGUGGUGUGAUAGUCCUUCCCUGUGCUCUGUUCUUUAUGAGACUAGGAGCCUUCAUCUUGAACAUUGAGCGUCCCAGCUUAAAUCCAUUCUCGGUUAUCGACCUGACAGACUUGAUGGGAAGCGCUCAAAGGAUUAUAUUGACAAUCUUUUGUGCAGCGUUGGGAUGGAGCCUGAUUAUGAUUCCAGCAGCACCCAUUAUAUUCUAUUCAACAUCUUUUCUCGUGAAGAGGACAAAACUCAUGAGCAAGUAUAAACGGGCUGUCUGA